AUGGGCUCCAUGGAUGAAGAGCUGACCUGUUCUGUGUGCCGAGACACCUUCAGCCAAUCCCAGCCCCUGCCCUGUGGUCACAGCUUCUGUCCUGCCUGUGUCCGGGAGGCCUGGAGCAGCCAGGGUGAAGGAAAAGGUCGCUUCACCUGUCCCCAGUGUCAGGAGGAGCAUGGUGAAGUGCUGUGCGACUGCUGCCCUCCUGAGGCAGAGAAAGGACAACCGCCAUUGGCAGUUAAGACCUGCCUGAGGUGUGAAGUGUCGCUGUGUGCCGAACAUCUCCGGCCUCAUCUUGAGAGACCGGUGUUUAGCACCCACCUUUUGGUGGAUCCGCUGGGCGAUCUGUCCCAGCGAAGGUGCCCUGCGCACACAGAGCUGUUCCGCUACUACUGUGCUGACGAGAGAGUGUACGUGUGUGGCGACUGUCUGCUGGAAGGAGGCCACGCUCAGCACAAAGUGAAAGCACUGAGGCACGUGGAGGACGAUCUGAAGGUCAUUCUUCAGACACUGCUUAUAAAAGCAGAGGAAAAACUGAAAGAUGGAGAGCGAAUCCUCAAAGAGCAUGAGAACAUCGAUUCCACCAUGGCAGACUCUCUGAGGCAGGACGAUGCCCAGGUGGAGCAGCUGGGCUCAGACCUGCAGGUCCAGGUCAACAAGCUAGUGGUGGCACUGAGAGACAUCACCAAGAGGGAGAGGCGGCAGGUCAUGGAUCGUGUGCAUGAAGACUGCUCCAAAGUGAGGGACCACAUGCACCAGACCCUAAGAAUCCAGCACUAUCUGGCCUUAUUGCUGUCAGAGACAGAUCCUUUCCUGCUCAUCUGGGCCUUUCAGUCAGAUGACACAAAGUUAUUAGCUGAGCUGAACAGUCCACUUUACAUCCCUGAUCCCAUCAGCGCAGACAGGAAGCACAUUCUGGAGGACAUCGAGAGCAAGUACCGCGAGUUCAUCACUGCUACCCUCCGCUGUCUCAGUGAACUCAAAAGGGAACUCUUAACCAGUCCCUUGAGUCUGGACACAAACACAGCUCAUCCUCUGUUGAGCAUCUCAGAUGACCUGCGCUCAGUUACACGAGUUAAAAACCGCCUGCCCUGCGCUGCUCAUCCCGAACGUUUCGACCACUGGCCGCAGGUCCUCACCGUCCAGACCUUCUCCUCUGGGACUCACUACUGGGAGCUGGAAGCCGAGGGAUUCUGGGAUGUGGGCGUCUGCUACCGAAGUAUUGGACGGAAGGGCAAAGAAGGCAAUGCAUUUGGGAACAACAAGGUUUCAUGGAGCUUGACACAGCAGCACGACAAAAAGCUAGCCGCCUGGCACAACCGCAGGAAGACCCGCCUCACAUACCAAAUGACUGGGAACCGCGUCGCUGUAGCCGUGGACUACAGCUCAGGCACCAUCACCUACUCAGAGGUGGGACCGUCUAACAACCUGAUCCACCUCCACACUUUCUCCACCACCUUUACUCAGCCGGUGUGCCUGGGCUUUGGUCUCUACAAAGCUGAGCUCAACAGUCGGAUCACUAUUGUUAAAGUCUGAUGUGAUGAGAAGGACAGCCGGGAGGAUGAUGAUGAUGAACUCUGUGCUGUUUUGGCCAUUCCAAAAUAA